AUGGCUUCCGACAUAGUGACUAGAGAACUAAAGCAGCCCAUCAACCUGGUGGAAUAUCUCUACCGUCGUCUGCACGAAGUCGGAGUUCGCUCAGUGCACGGCGUUCCCGGUGAUUACAACCUACAAGCUUUAGAUUAUUUGCCUAAAUGCGGUUUAUCGUGGGUAGGAAACUGCAAUGAGCUUAAUGCUGGCUACGCUGCCGACGGCUACGCUCGAGUCAAGGGAAUUUCGGCUAUGAUCACAACAUUUGGUGUCGGAGAGCUUUCGGCGAUCAAUGCAAUGGCUGGCGCAUACUCGGAAUACGUCCCCAUAAUCCAUAUUGUCGGACAACCCCACACUGCGUCUCAAAGGGACGGGAUGCUUUUGCACCACACGCUAGGGAAUGGAGAUUACCACGUGUUUGCCGACAUGGGCGCAAAAGUAUCGUGUGCAAUAGCGCGUCUGAAUGACCCCGUUGACGCUCCUACACUGAUCGAUAAUGCCAUUCGAGAAUGCUGGAUUCAAAGUAGACCGGUUUACAUCACUCUCCCAACGGAUAUGGUAUUAAAAAAAGUGGAGGGCCAACGACUCGAGACUCCAAUCGACCUCAACAGAAAGCCUAAUGAUCCCGAGAAAGAAGAGUAUGUGGUGAGCUUGGUUUCGAGAUUGCUACAUGAGGCGAAAGACCCUAUCAUUCUGGUUGAUGCUUGUGCUAUCCGCCACCGUGUACUUGAGGAAGUCCAUGACCUCGUACAGCAAUCUGGCCUACCUACUUUUGUGGCUCCGAUGGGUAAAGGUGCGGUCAAUGAAGCCCAUCCAAAUUAUGGAGGAGUUUAUGCAGGGGACGGCUCUAAUGACGGCGUGCGAGAAAGAGUGGAAGAAUCUGACCUCAUCCUGAGUAUCGGCGCUAUCAAGUCAGACUUCAACACUGCGGGGUUCACUUAUCGCAUCGGCCAGCUCAAGACCAUUGACUUUCACAGCAACCUUGUAAAAGUUCGGUAUUCAGAAUAUCCCAACAUCAACAUGAAGGGCGUCUUACGGAAGGUGAUAGAGCGGCUGGGAGAAGUGAAGGUUGGCAAGAUUCCACACAUCUCCAACAAAGUCCCCAAUCACGAAGCGGAUGCGGACAGUCAAACUAUCACGCACGCAUGGCUGUGGCCCAAUGUUGGCCAAUGGCUUCGGGAGAAUGACAUCUUUAUCACGGAGACCGGAACUGCGAACUUCGGUGCUUGGGAGACCCGCUUUCCUAAAGGUGUGGUUGCUAUCAAUCAGAUACUUUGGGGGUCCAUAGGGUAUUCUGUAGGUGCAUGCCAUGGUGCAGCAUUGGCUGCAGAAGAGCUCGAGGAGAAUCAGCGAACGAUUCUCUUCGUUGGUGACGGAAGUUUCCAGCUUACUGCACAAGAAGUGAGUACUAUGCUCAGAAAGAACCUCAAACCUAUCAUUUUUGUAAUUUGCAACGACGGUUACACCAUCGAGAGAUACAUCCACGGCUGGGAUGCAUCUUACAACGACAUUCAGCCAUGGAGAUUUGUUGACAUUCCUUCAACUUUUGGUGGACAGCAAGGACAGUAUGAGACCCAUCAGAUCAGAACGCGAAAAGAAUUGUUGGAUUUGUUUUCCAACGAGCACUUCUCUUCAAACGAAUGCUUGCAGGUCAGCUUGAUCAUCCAUUAA